UCAUUUCUAACACGGUGGGAGUACAGACUAAGAGUUUGAGAACACCCACAGAGAGAGAGAGAGAGAGAUGGAUUUCACUGAACUGAGAGAAGCAAUAGAGGAGAUGGAGCUAGUGGACGCUCAUGCCCACAACAUCGUCGCUCUCGACUCCACCUUCCCUUUCAUCAGUGGCUUCUCCGAAGCCAACGGCGAUGCGUUGACCUUCGCGCCCCAUUCCCUCUCCUUCAAGAGAAAUCUAAGGCAUAUUGCUGAAUUGUAUGGAUCUCAGUUAUCCUUGAGUGGGGUUGAAGAAUACCGUAAGCUCUCUGGAUUACAGUCCAUUAGCUCAACAUGCUUCGAAGCUGCAAGAAUCUCUACCAUACUCAUUGAUGACGGGAUAGAGUUUGACAAAAAGCAUGACAUAGAGUGGCAUAAAAGUUUUGCUCAGGUCGUUGGUAGAAUAUUGAGAAUUGAACGUCUGGCUGAGAAGAUUCUUGAUGAAGAGUUGCCAGAUGGAUCUACUUGGACAUUGGAUACGUUCACUGAAACUUAUCAGGGAAAGUUGAAGUCAGUUGCUAAUCAGAUAUAUGGCUUGAAAAGCAUAGCUGCAUACCGCAGUGGGUUAGAGAUCAAUACAAAUGUCACUCGAAAAGAUGCUGAGGAAGGUCUUUCUAAAAUUUUAAGUGCUGGAAGGCCUACCCGCAUUACGAAUAAAAGCUUUAUUGACUAUGUCUUUACACGUAGUUUGGAGGUUGCUCUAUGCUUUGACUUGCCGAUGCAGAUACACACAGGCUUUGGAGACAAAGAUUUGGAUAUGCGGCUGUCCAAUCCUCUUCAUCUCCGGACCCUUCUUGAGGACAAGAGAUUUUCAAAAUGUCGUAUAGUACUUUUACAUGCAUCCUACCCAUUUUCAAAGGAAGCAUCAUAUCUGGCCUCUGUUUAUCCCCAGGUGUACCUCGACUUUGGGUUGGCAGUUCCCAAGCUUAGUGUCCAUGGAAUGAUAUCUUCAGUCAAAGAACUUUUGGAGCUAGCUCCAAUAAAGAAGGUGAUGUUCAGCACUGAUGGCUAUGCGUUUCCUGAAACUUUCUACUUAGGUGCAAAGAAAGCACGUGAAGUUGUCUUUUCUGUUCUACGUGAUGCAUGUAUCGAUGGUGAUCUCUCAAUUUCUGAAGCUGUUGAGGCUGCUAAAGACAUCUUUGCAAAUAAUGCAAUUCAGUUUUACAAGAUCAAUUUAUCUCUCGGUUCAAAGAAUACAUCAACUCCUUACACUGUGAAGAUGAAAACAAGUGCAUUGGAUAAUGAUGUCUCCCUUGUUCGCAUUAUAUGGGUUGAUGGUUCUGGACAGCACAGAUGUCGUGUUGUUCCUAGGAAGCGAUUUGACAAUGUUGUUAGGAAGAAUGGUGUUGGUUUGACAUUUGCAUGCAUGGGAAUGACUUCUAGUGCUGAUGGUCCAGCCGAUGAGACCAAUCUGACAGGCGUUGGUGAGAUCAGACUUAUUCCUGAUUUAUCAACCAAGUGCAGGAUACCAUGGAAAGAACAGGAGGAAAUGGUUUUGGCUGACAUGAAUCUCAAACCUGGUGAAUCAUGGGAAUAUUGCCCUAGAGAGGCCUUGCGAAGAGUUUCAAAAAUUCUGAAAGACGAAUUUAACUUGGAGAUGAAUGCAGGAUUUGAGAAUGAAUUCUUUCUCUUGAAGAGUGUACUGAGGGUAGGGAAAGAAGAAUGGGUGCCAAUAGACUCAACAAAUUACUGCUCUACAUCAGCAUUUGAUGCUGUUUCCCCCUUAUUUCAUGAAGUUGUUGCUGCUCUCGAAUCCUUGAAUAUUCCAGUCGAACAGUUACAUGCAGAAGCUGGGAAAGGUCAAUUUGAGAUGGCUCUGGGGCACACCGCUUGUACUUAUGCUGCUGACAACUUGAUUUUCACCCGUGAGGUUAUUAGGGCUGUUGCAAGGAAACGCGGAUUACUGGCAACUUUCAUGCCGAAGUAUGAUUUAGAUGACAUUGGUUCAGGAUCCCAUGUGCAUCUCAGUUUGUAUCAGAAGGGAAAAAAUGUUUUCAUUGCAACUGGUGGAACCUCUCGGUAUGGCAUGUCCACUGUUGGGCAGGAGUUCAUGGCAGGGGUUUUACAUCAUCUUCCUGCAAUUUUGGCAUUUACGGCGCCUCUUCCAAAUAGUUAUGAUCGACUAGUACCGAAUACAUGGAGUGGAGCAUACCAUUGCUGGGGAAAAGAAAACAGAGAAGCUCCAUUGAGAACUGCUUGCCCUCCUGGAAUUCCAGAUGGUUUGGUCAGCAACUUUGAAAUUAAAUCAUUUGAUGGGUGUGCAAAUCCACAUUUAGGAUUGGCUGCUAUACUUGCUGCUGGCAUUGAUGGCCUUCGGAGGCAUCUUUCUCUCCCUGAACCUAUUGAUACAAACCCUGAUACCCUCAGUGACAAACUUCAUAGAUUGCCAAAAUCACUUUCUGAAUCUUUAGAAGCUCUCCAGAAAGACAGUGUCUUGAAGGACCUAAUUGGUGAAAAGCUUUUGGUUGCCAUAAAAGGAAUUCGCAAGGCGGAGAUUGAUUAUUACUCAAAGCAUAAGGACGCAUACAAGCAACUUAUCUACAAAUAUUAAGCUGAUUAUUGUCUGAUUCUGGUCAGGUUGUUUAUUAGUUUGAUGAUUCCUUCUUGUUGUGGAAUGUUUAUUCCCACUGCUACUUGCGUUGAUACUUGAAAAGUUUUAUGAGAGGAAAUAAAGAGUUUGUAACAAAGAGCGUUUGUGUGCCCCUUGUCUCUCGCUG